AUCGAACUCAGUUGGCGCUGGGGACGGCGAGGAGGAGAACGCAGUGAGAAAGACACUUAAUUUCGACGUCUAGGCGAGAAAGAGACAGACAGGAGGGAGGAGAGGAAGCGAGAGGGAGAGUGUGUACACGUGUGUCGGUGGCGAGGACAAAGCUGCCAUGGAGACGCAGAUCUUCCUGCUGCUGUUACUGAGUCCUGCUGCGUUGGGCCUCAUGGUGGCGCGGUGCCCCGAGGGGUGGGUGUCUCGCGGGGGCACGGACCAGUGUUACCGCGUGCACAGCUACGGCCGCGACAGGACCUUCGAGGACGCCCGCAUCUACUGCCAGGCGCGCGGCGGCGACCUGGCCUACAUCGACUCUGCUGGGCUGAGGGACUGGCUCGGGCAGCUCGUGGCCGCUACGGAUACCGAGGGACAGGCCGCCUACAUGUGGGUGGGCGCCAAGAACGUUGGCGGCGAGUGGAAGUGGGUGGAGACCGACAAACCAGUGGAAAAUGCGAUACUGCCGUGGGACGAGGCAGGGUCAGGGGAGUGUGCCGCCUUUACUUCCGACUCCAAGCUAAUCAUGCAGGAGUGCAGCCAAAUGCUCAAGUUCAUCUGCCACAGAAAUAUCCAAAUUCCAAUGGCUUGUGACUACACCACCGGCUGGGAGGAUGCGUCUGACCGCUGCUACAAGAAAUCGACGCAGAGCAACUCGUGGCAUGACGCCGAGAUAGAAUGCGUCAUCGAAGGAGGCCACUUGGUGAGCGUAGAGAGUGACGCCGAGCAGAUGCUGGCGCACGACCUGGCCCUGGAGGAGCGGGACAAGGUCUGGAUUGGGUACACGGAGGAGAAUCACCCCGGUGAGUUUACCUGGGUGGACGGCUCCGGCAGCAACAAAACCUACUGGCAGGAGGGCCAGCCCGACCUAUCGCUGAACGGCUUCGGCGCAGCAGUGGUGAACAACGACGACCCGAGUGGCUUGUGGAUGGUGGAGAAGAUCACUAAUGAGUUCCACUCCCUGUGUGAGAAGCCCGUGGGGUCGUGUCUGCCGGGGUGGGAGGAGUUCGAGGGGUCGUGUUACUAUUUCAACACGGAGGCCACAGACGCGGUGGGCUGGGAUGUCGCCAAGGACAUCUGUGAGUCUGUGAAAGCAAAGAUGGUUGUGCUGGACACUGACGCCGAGGACACCUUUUUCCGGACACACAUGCCGGAGGAGGACACGCUGUGGAUCGGCCUCUAUAGUAUCCCUGGCGAUGGGCUCUUCUGGACGGACGGCACAACGAUGAGCAGCAAGAACUACACACACAUGACGAGCGAGAACGAGGCCAACGCCAUCAGUAACGAAGCUCAGCAGUGCGUGUACCUGCAGGAAACUCCAGACAACGAUGGCGUCUCCCUGCUCUCCUCGUGGGUGCCCACUGACUGCACCGUGCCGAAACACUACGCAUGUGAGGCAGAGGUGGGGGCCGAGCUCACCCUUGUCCCUCCAAGCAAUGAGCGGUACUGUCUUGAAGGGGAUUGGGUGAAGGUGGAGGAUCACUGUUACUUCUUCAGCACGGAGGAGAAGACGUGGACGUCCGCCGAGGCAGACUGCCAGAAGAGACACCAGACCGCCCACCUCGUCUCCCUCCUCACGUGGGCAGAACUGGACGCUGUGUGCGACCGGCAGCUGGCUAGGGGUUGGAUCGGCCUUAGUGACAGGAACCAGGUGGACGAGUGGAAGUGGACCGACGGUCGAGCUGUGAAAAUCACCAACUGGGAAUCAGGUGAGCCAAACGGGGACGAUGAGAGCUGCGUCGAGAUGUACGUGAACACCUGCACGUGGAACGACGUGCCUUGCUCCGACCUGAAAACAUACGCCUGCAAGAUGCCCGCUGCUGACUCGCCUAUCGGCACUGUCAGCACCACCACCGGGAUACCUGACACGUCAGCGUGCGGCUAUGACUGGACCGAGAACCCAGAGACUGGCGAGUGUUACCGCGUUGAAGUCCAGGAAUUGAGCUUCCUGGACGCCCAGCUCCACUGCAAAGAACUCUACUACUCCGAGGGGCAGUCCCGGCCAGACCUGGUGUCCAUAUACUCUGUGCAGGAACAGAUGUUUGUUUACCAACUGGUGGCGGGUGAGCACCUCAGCCAGAUCGCCGUGUGGAUCGGUAUGGUGAACAACUAUUACUCCAACUACUGGACGGACGGCACACCCAUCGCUUACUACAACUUCCACGACGGCGAGCCCAACAACUACUGGAGCGAGGAGUGCGUGGAGAUGUACUCGUCAAAUGGAAAGUGGAAUGAUUUCUAUUGCGGUGAUCGACUCCCCUUUAUCUGCGAAAAGAAAGGGAGAAAUUAUGUCGGUCCUCAGCCUCCACCUCCUCCCACAACCCGAUGCCCCAGCGGGUGGGAGUACUUCGACAACUUCUGUUACUACUUUUCCAUCGACACGGCUGACUGGUUCACGGCCGAGACCACAUGUACCAGCAUGCUGGGCAGCACCCUGGCCUCCCUCACCAACCAGGACGAGAAUGACUUUGUGACUGAGAGGUUAUCAGGCAUAGGCUGGAUUGGCCUUCGAGAUGACGACAAUGGCGACAACUGGCACUGGGUUGACGGCUCCACGUUUUACUGGGACAACUGGGGCGAAGGGGAGCCCAACAACGCCGCUGGUGGGGAGCACUGUGGGGAGAUUGACAUAAAUGACAACUGGUACUAUGGGGGCCCUGGCAGGUGGAACGACAAUGCCUGCGGAAACCCUAACCACUACGUGUGCAAGACGAGCGUCGUGACAUGCCCGGACUCCUGGGUGUACAAGGACGGCAAGUGUUACUACGUGAGCGACUCGGAGGCAACCAAUAGCGAGGGUCAGAUCAAGUGCGAGCUGGUGAACACGCGCGCCAACCUGGUCAACAUACACUCAGCGGAGGAAAACCAGUUCUUCAUGGAGCAGCUAAAACAUGGCAGUGCCUCUUGCUGGAUUGGGCUGCACUACAACGGGAGCACGUGGCUGUGGGACGACGACAACCAGACCGAGUAUGUAAACUGGAACCCCGGUGAGCCCAACAAUAUUGAGACGGAGACGUGCGCGGAGAUGAUCGACUACCCCGGCGAUGAAUCCCUUGGGAAGUGGAACAACCUGGCCUGCUCGGAGAGUCGGGCUUACGGCUGCGAGGUGUACCCGACUCAUGAAGUCGGCUGUGAGGAGGGCUGGUAUUCCUUUGGGGACUACUGCUACUGGCAUUCUUACCAAGAUUACUACAACAGCCUCGAGCUGACCUACGACCAGGCCCAGCAGUACUGUCAGUCCUUGGGAGCCAAUAUUGCCUCCAUCCACUCGGCCGAAGAAAACGAUUUCCUCUCCAGCUAUGCCUACGCCUCAUUCUACUACUCGUUCAUCGGCCUCUCGGACACCGGGCACACAGAUGUGUUCACGUGGGACGACGGCACAGAGGUCGUCUUCACGAGCAUGGUCGGUUUCUCCUACGCGGAAAAGCAACACUGCGUCUCCUUUGAUUAUUAUGGUACGGAUUGGAAGUUCAUAAACUGUGACGAUGCCUCAGACUUCUUCUGCAAGAAACCACAAGAGGCAACACCAAUCAACCCCGACACGAAUGGCUGUGACAAGGGUGACGCCUACCACGAGACGUCCUGCUACAGCUUCCCCGGCACCUCCGACACGUGGGACAACGCCAAGAGUGACUGCGAGAGCCGCGGCCAACACCUCGUCGUGCUGGCCAAUCAGUACGAGACAGCCUACUUCUCGGCUCUCGUCGGGGAGCUCGGACACAGAGUUUGGCUGGGGAUGACCGCGGGCAUAGCGGCGGACGGCAGUGUUACCUACACCUGGAUCACGGGGGAAGACGUUGGUUACACCUUCUGGGACAGAUACGAGCCAGACUCGUCACACGGGACCUGCGUCUCAGCCUCCGGGGACGAGAGCUUCCCCGGCCUGUGGGCUGUUAGCACCUGCUCCGACUCCUUCCAGUACGCCUGUGAGUAUGAGCGCGUUGGCUACACCACCGCGCCGCCGCCCACCACCAAGCCGCCCUCCUUCUACUGCCGCUACGGGUGGGAGCACAAGGGGGAACGCUGCUACAAGGUGAUGCAGAACGCGUCCACCUGGGGUGACGGGGAGGCCAGGUGUGAGCUCUUCGGGGCGCACCUGGCCAGCGUGGGGAGCGACAUAGAGCAGCAGGUGUUACUGAACUUGCCGGGCAUGGAGGAGGCGGCGAGCCAGUACGGCAACGUGUGGGUGGGCCUCAUGAUGACCUCCCAGGAGACAGGCUACGAGUGGACGGACGGCUCGCCCUCAGACUACUUGAACUGGGCGGAGGGUCAGCCCAAUAGUCACGAGGGACGCGAGGCCUGUGGAUCGGCCGACGCCACGACGCUCAAGCUGUCCGACAGUGUGUGCCUCACCCACCUGCCCUUCAUCUGUGAGGCGCCCAUCGGCGCUAUGCUGACCACCGCCACCGUGCCCACCAAGCCACCGAUCCACAAGUGCUCGGACGACGACACCUGGUACCUCUACAACGGGCACUGCUACAAGUUCAUCUCCACCGUGGACGAGCCGGGCCAGACGUGGUAUGGGGCUCACAAGCUGUGCCGGGAAGAUGGAGGGGAGCUGGCGUCCAUUCUUACCGAGGACGAGAAUUACUGGAUUGAGUCUAUGAUCUACGAACAGGCGGGGUUGGUGAUGUGGACAGGAGGGCGGGCGAAGCUGGGCACGGGCUAUGAGUGGCUGGACGGUGAACCCUUCGUCUACGAUAACUGGGCCUUGGGCGAGCCGAACAACGUGAAUGACCAGGAGGACUGCAUCUGCAUGUACACCAACAACUACGGCUACUGGAACGACCAGAACUGUGGCCACACCUCGGGUCGUAUCUGCAAACGGCCCCAAGGCGUGACCCAUCCGCCGCCCCAGACAACCAAGGCCCCUGACGGUCACUGCCCCGAAGGCUGGAUACACACAGGCACCAAAUGUGUGUACUUCAUCAUGGAUCGGAUGAACUUCACCACGGCAAGACAGGUGUGCCAGAAGUUGAGCAAGGACAACCAGCUGGACCUGGCCAGCAUCCACUCCGCCGGCGAGCAAGCGUACCUGACGGCGGCGAUGGUGACCCUGGACCAACACUUGUGGAUCGGGAUGCGCUACGAGUCUGGCUUCGUGUGGGUGGACCAGACGAGGGUCAGUUACACCAACUGGGGACCCAACGAACCCAACGGCGGCCAGGGCGUGGAGGAGUGCGUCGAGGUGAGCUCCGAGACGGGCAGGUGGAACGACAUCAGCUGCUCCGACGAGUUUGGCGCCAUUUGUAUGAUGACUCAAGACCCCAGCCUGCCUGACCACCACACCCUCAACAACUGCCCGGAGCCGCACUCCGCCUACACGCAAUACAACGGGGCGUGCUACAGGGCCGUCGACACCCCGCAAAAGUGGGAGGAGGCCGAGGGGACCUGUGCCGGGGAGGGCGCCCACCUCGUGUCCAUCGUGACCAUCUCCGAGGACAGCUUCGUUUGGGCGGCGGCGCAGCAGAACGCCUUCGCCGCCGUAUGGACGGGCUUCACCAACAAGGAUGACUUGGAGACCUUCACGUGGUCAGACGGCUGGCCGACGACCUUCACCAACUGGGGCCGUCACGAACCCAACACCAGCCUGUCGAAUUGCGUCGCCUUGGACGUGACCGACGGUGCCUGGUACACCAAGGCCUGUGACGACGCGUACACGUUCAUCUGUAAAUACACGAACGCGACGGUGCCCACCCCCGACCCGCCCGUCACCGGCUACUGUCCCGACGACCGCUGGACGGACCUCAACGGCGGCUACUGUUACCUCUUCUCCAACGACACCACGACCUGGAGCGACGCCAACAGGAUAUGUCUGCAGGAGAUAUCAAACCUGGCCUCCAUACAUUCGCAGCAGGAGAUGUGGCUGCUCAAGCAGCGCAUGGAGGUAUACAACGAGCCAGUCUGGAUCGGCCUGGUGGAGGUGGCUGGCGGCGGUGAGGGUUGGAGCGACGGAACGAGCCUGAACUACAUCAACUGGCAGACCGGGGAACCCAACAGCGGGGGGGAGCAGUGCACGGAGGUCGUCCCUCACACCGGCAAGUGGAACGACGCCGAAUGCGACGCCAAACGCUACUACCUGUGCAAGACCAAGAAGAUCCAGGAAGACAAACCUACAACUCCCGUGGUGCCGACAACAACAGUCAAGCCAAUCGGCGGUGGAA